CGGACCCGGUGAGGCCUGGCUCCAUCUUGGGCCGCGGCUCCGGGCACCUGUGGCGGCCGCAGAAACCUCGCUUCCGCUGGCCUGCGCGCCCCCGGAGGGCGACAGGGUGAGAGGCCCGCUUGGCGGCCAUGAGCUCUCAACACCCUGAGCCAGGUGCCCAGGCACCCCACAAUCCCCGCCCACAGACCCUGUCUCAGAGCUCUUCCAGCUUGCUAUGUGAAGGCCGGGAGCAGAGGCCAGAGCUGCGCAAGAGUGCCAGCAGUACUGUGUGGCAGGCCCAGCCAAGUGAGGCCAGCACUAGGCCCUGGACCCUGGAGGAAGAGGGGUGCCAGACUGAAAGCAUGGAACAAGCACAGACCCCCAGCCCUGGGUCACAAGCUGGUGCUGUGGGUCACUGGCGGAGCAGCACCGUUGGCAAUGUGUCCACCAUGGGCAGUGGUGACCUGUGUAAUCUACGGGCCCUCAAUGUGGCAGCUGUGCAGAGGAGCCACUCAGACUUGGUCCGUAGCUCCCAGACCCGGGGUCAUGGUGGUGCUCGGAAGGCCAGCCUCAGUUGCUCUGCGCUUGGCAGCUCACCUGUUCACCAGGCUCAGCUGCGGCCUGGUGGCGUUGCUGGCCAGGCCCCUGCCGUCCUGCAAAGUGAUCCAGCUCCAGAGGGAGGGACUUCUAAUUCAGCCUGGAUGUUAGGGGAAAGACAGGUGUGGGUGCUACCCUUAGACCUGGAGGGCAAAACUGCCCAUGUCAGCAGUGCCCAGGGUGAACCCAAAGCUCCUGAGCAGCCGUCCACCACCUCCUGCUAUGAUCUACCCCCAGCAACUGUGCUCUGUAGCGUGAGGGAGGCAGUGGCUGGUGGCUGCUGCCAUGCUCUGCCUGCCACAGGGAUCCUGGCCUUUCCUAAACUGGUCGCAUCAGUGAGUGAGUCUGGGCUGCAGGCUCAGUAUGGGAUGAAGUUCCACUGUAAGUUGCCUGGGGCGCUUUCUGGGCACCCCCACUGCUGUGCCCGUACUUGGGGACCCACAGGCCUAGCCACAGAGUCUGGCUCCAGGACAAAAGAUGUGUGGACCAUGACCUCAGCCACUGACUUGACCCCAGGAUUGGCAUCAGCCCAUGAUGCUGGGGUACAGGCAGCACCAGUGGCAGCAUGCAAGGCUGUGGCCACCAGUCCAUCCCUGGAAGCACCUGUGACCCUGCACAUGUUCCCAGAAGUAACAAUGGGGUCCAGCCUGGAAGAGGCAUCAUCACCUGUACGGGAUGUGCGAUGGGAUGCUGAGGGGAUGACAUGGGAGGUGUAUGGAGCCUCUGUGGAUCCUGAGGUGCUUGGUGUGGCCAUCCAGAAACACCUGGAGAUGCAAUUUGAACAGCUGCAGCGGGCACCAGCCAGUGAGGACAGCCUGUCUUCAGAGGGCCGGAGGGGACCGCUGCGGGCCGUCAUGCAGUCACUGCGGCGCCCCAGCUGCUGUGGCUGCUCUGGAGCGGCCCCAGAAUGAAUAACUGUGGCUCUGAAGUUGGCCUAGUCUCCAGACCUGGUCCUAAGCCAGUGAUGGGGACAGUGGGGAUCCCAUGUCACCUGAACCCACCCUCUCACUUGAACAUCAGCUGCCUAUAGACCAUAGGACACAGCCUUGGGCUUGCAGUUCCAUGCAGCUGGGCUGUCUCUUAAGGGCUUGAUUUCCAAGAGCCACAUUUCUGCUCAUUCUGGGCUCUGAACUUUGGGACAUAUUUUGCAAUGUGUAUAAGCAAGAUCUUGAUUUUUCUGUAAAAGUAUUUAACCUCUGUUCAGUCUGCCCACAGAUCUUUGCUGUUACUCUCCCAGGACUCUUGGUGGCUUUAUUUUAAUAGCAUUGCUAGGAAAUGAAUUCUUAUAUUACACAAGAGGCCCAAGUAACAGGGAUUGCCUCUGUAUUUAGGGAACUGACAUUGUCUAAGGC